UUUACUUUUUUUGCAUGCAAUUUUCGAUGCGACGUGGACGACAACAACAAGCAAAGACGAAGGUGAAACGUGUUCAUAUUUUCCACGAAUAUUUGAGCUCAUAAUUAUGUCAUCACCAGGAAAACCAGAUUUAAAAGGUGGACAUGCCCCUGCAGUGAAGGUUGGAGGCAUGAGGAUACCGGGAAAAGUCCACCCUGAAAAAGCCACCAAAGAACCAGAUGUUGAAGAUGAGGAAUAUGAGGAGACAUCAGGAAAGAGCCCUCCGGCGAAUGAGACAAGGGUAUUGAUAUCUGGAGCUCCAUCACAUGGUAACAAGGACUUCCCACCAGAAGCCAUCAAACAGUUCCACGAGAAACCAAUGCCAACUCACCAGAAGAACGUAUCCACUAAACCCAUCAAAGUGGUUCAACAGCCGAGGAAGAAUUAGGAUAUCGUCAACAGCAAAGCAAAACAAGUGCAAAUAUGAUAUUUGGUCUGUGCUUUGGACCCCAUUUGUGGGGAGAUCAUCAAUGACGAGUAGUCAUCUUGAUUUAAAGGUGUUCAGAAAGUGAUCCUUUGAAAGGUAUUCUGCAUGAUGCCUUGGAAUGAAACAGAGAAUUAUUGAUUUUAACAAAAUAUGCUGAAAUAUCAGAAACAAGACAAAUCAUUAACAUUUAUUGAUAUAGUUUGGAGGAAUAUUUUUAAGAUACCUGGUUAUUUUUUAUUUAGUUAGUGUCAAACACGCUUGAUGAAGCCAUUUGAUGGUUUGAAAAGAAUUUGAUUCUUAUUUUGAAUAUUGGAAAUUCCAUGUCUUUUAAUCAUGAUGAGUAA